UGUGGAGUGAGGGUCCCUCCCUGUCACCCAUGCUCAUUCAGGAAGCGUCUUUGUGUACAACCCUUUGCAGCUUCCCCUGCACCCAGGGUAGUGGGGUUGCGUGCGGAGGUGUACCAGCACCUGAGGAAAGCACCAGCCCGGGAGGCGUGGCCUCACAUGGGGCCUUGGGGCCUCUGCAGCCAGGGCGUACCCGUCUGUUCGGGCUGAGCUGAGCCUUUGUUCUGGGGCACAAGCAUGUCUGUCCCCCAGACCCGCCCCAGAGGACCAGCCCCGAGGCCACCCUGGGCGCCAUCCCAGAGUGUCUUGCAUUGUGGUGUCUGAGGUUUGCACGCCCACUGGAGACAGUAGGGUGAGGGGCCAGUAUCUCACCUCUAGCCUGCUGCUACCUUCCUAUCCGUGCUAUCGACUGCUGGGUCUCUGAGUUUGGGGGGGGUGGCUGUCCUGGGUGUGCGCAGCUAACCAGGGAGUGCAGUGCACCCCUCAGCGGGGGCCCCCCAACAAAACCAGGGGCAGGGACUUUCCCUGGCCCGCCACUCGAUCAUGGCCCCUGGUCACUUGUGGCCAGUGUUGGUCUGUGAGCUCAGCCCUGCCUUCGCCAGACAGGCUGUGGCCGCAUCGCCAGGUAAGGAUGCUGCCCUUGGGGCUGGAGGAGGUGACCCUAGGCCUGGGGCACUUCCCACAGAGCCCGUGGGAGGUCGCCUGCGGAAGGCAAAGCACCUGGGCCUCCAGGCCUGGCCAGGCUGGCAGAUGUGGGGCCUGGACUUCUCCCGAAGCUUCUUCCUGCUGCAGCUUGUGGCUGACUAUCCCUCUGUCCCUGGGUGUCCAGCCUGCCUGCAGGAGGUGGCUGCAAGCUGCCCACUCUGUCAGAAAGUGACCCCACUCGCUUCAGCUUUUGUUCCAGACAGUGAGCAUGUCUCUGCGACCUCUGACCCCGCCCCCAUUAUGGGCCGCCCUGCCUGUGUGCAGGGCCGGCGGGAGGCUGGGGCUCCUCCACACACUUGCCGGGAGAAGCCGCAGGGGCCCCCCCAAGGCCGGGUGCUCAGAGCCCUGCCUCCUGCCUGUGGCCGAGCCAGCUUUCUUCCCGUGUCUCUUCUUUCUCCUGCCUCGUCGUCCAAAGUAGUCUUGCUUUUCAUCCCACUGUUUUAUGUUUCAGUUUGUAGGUGUGUUUGAUUUGAUUUUUUUAAUUAUGUUUUAAGUUCUUUUUAUUUCAUGCUCUAGGUUUUAAGGUCUUUCUAAUUUCUUAAUUUUUUUUUGUUGUUUUUUGUUUUGUUUUUUGUUUUUAUGUGCUGUAUUUUCAGUGUUUUAACCAAACAGUUGUGGCUACUCAUGGUGAGGAAUGACUGCUAAGAGUUUGGGUACUUUGCAUUUGGAGGUCACUGCCACACGUUGGUGUUUAGGAGGUUGAGAGGUUUGCCGCUAGUGUCCGCAGGAUGAGAUGUCCGAGUCAGGCCAGUCUUCGGCGGCUGCCACACCCAGCACCACGGGCACGAAGUCCAACACGCCCACGUCUUCUGUGCCCUCGGCCGCCGUCACGCCACUCAAUGAGAGCCUGCAGCCCCUGGGGGACUACAGCGCCGGCACGAAGAGCAGCAAGCGAGCGCGGGAGAAGCGCAACAGCCGCAACAUGGAGGUCCAGGUCACGCAGGAGAUGCGGAACGUCAGCAUAGGCAUGGGCAGCAGUGAUGAGUGGUCUGAUGUUCAAGACAUUAUCGAUUCUACACCAGAGCUGGACAUGAGUCGGGAACCCCGCCUUGAUCGCACGGGCAACAGCCCGACCCAGGGGAUCGUGAACAAGGCUUUUGGCAUCAACACUGACUCCCUGUACCACGAGCUGUCGACUGCGGGGUCAGAGGUCAUCGGGGAUGUGGAUGAAGGAGCUGACCUGCUAGGAAUGGGCAAGGAAGUGGGGAAUCUGCUGCUGGAGAACUCACAGCUUCUAGAAACCAAAAAUGCUCUGAAUGUGGUGAAGAAUGACCUCAUCGCCAAGGUGGACCAGCUGUCCGGGGAGCAGGAGGUGCUCAAAGGGGACUUGGAAGCCGCCAGGCAGGCCAAACUCAGGCUGGAGGGCCGCAUCAAAGACCUGGAGGAGGAGCUGAGGAGAGUGAAGUCAGAGGCCAUUGUUGCCCGCCGAGAGCCCAAAGAAGAGGUGGAGGAUGUAAGCAGCUAUCUCUGUACAGAAUUGGACAAGAUCCCCAUAGCACAGCGCCGCCGCUUCACGCGGGUGGAGAUGGCCCGUGUGCUCAUGGAGCGCAAUCAGUACAAGGAGAGGCUGAUGGAGCUCCAGGAGGCUGUGCGGUGGACCGAGAUGAUCAGAGCGUCCCGAGAGCAUCCAUCUGUCCAGGAGAAGAAGAAGUCCACCAUCUGGCAAUUCUUCAGCCGCCUCUUCAGCUCCUCGUCCAGCCCCCCUCCGGCCAAGCGGUCCUAUCCCUCGGUGAACAUCCAUUACAAGUCCCCCACCACGGCCGGCUUCAGCCAGCGCCGCAGCCACGCUAUGUGCCCCAUCUCUGCUGGCAGCCGGCCCCUGGAGUUCUUCCCCGACGAUGACUGCACGUCCUCCACCCGCCGGGAGCAGAAGCGCGAGCAAUACCGCCAGGUGCGCGAGCACGUGCGCAACGACGAUGGGCGGCUGCAGGCCUGCGGCUGGAGCCUGCCGGCCAAGUACAAGCAGCUGAGUCCCAACGGGGGCCAGGAGGACACGCGGAUGAAGAACGUGCCUGUCCCCGUGUACUGCCGCCCUCUGGUGGAGAAAGAUCCAACCAUGAAGCUGUGGUGUGCUGCGGGCGUGAACCUGAGUGGGUGGAAACCGAGCGAGGACGACUCUGGGAACGGAGUCAGGCCUGCGCCAGGCCGUGACCCUCUGACCUGCGACCGGGAAGUGGAAGGAGAAACCAAGAGCAAUCACACGUCCCCUGAGAAGAAGGUGAAAGAGCUCCCUGAGCCGGACGCCACCUCCAGCCGCGUGUGGAUCCUCACCAGCACCCUGACCACCAGCAAAGUGGUCAUCAUCGAUGCCAACCAGCCAGGCACUGUGGUGGACCAGUUCACCGUCUGCAAUGCCCACGUCCUGUGCAUCUCCAGCAUUCCAGCGGCCAGUGACAGUGACUACCCUCCGGGGGAGAUCUUCCUGGACAGCGACGUGAACCCCGAGGAUUCCGGUGCCGACGGCGUGCUGGCGGGCAUCACCCUGGUGGGCUGCGCCACCCGUUGCAACGUGCCUCGCAGCAACUGCUCCUCCCGAGGGGAUACCCCAGUGCUGGACAAGGGCCAGGGGGAGGUGGCUACUGUCGCCAGCGGGAAGGUCAACCCAUCUCAGUCCACGGAGGAGGCCACAGAAGCCACAGAGGUGCCAGACUCCGGGCCUAGUGAGGCAGAGGCAGCUGUGGUGCGGCCUGGGCCCCUCACGGAGCAUGUCUUCACUGACCUGGCCCCUGCCCCGGCCCCCAGUGCCCAGCCUGGCAGCGAGAACGGGCCAGAGGCCGACACAGGUGGGGUGCAGCCCGAGCCGGAGCCCAGCGCAGACCCUGCGGGGGCCAGCAAUAGCGCUGCCCCCACCAUGUGGCUGGGAGCCCAGAACGGCUGGCUCUACGUGCACUCAGCCGUGGCAAACUGGAAGAAGUGUCUGCACUCCAUCAAGCUAAAGGACUCCGUGCUGAGCCUGGUGCAUGUGAAAGGGCGAGUUCUGGUGGCCCUGGCCGAUGGGACUCUGGCCAUCUUCCACCGAGGUGAAGAUGGCCAGUGGGACCUGAGCAACUAUCACCUUAUGGACCUGGGCCACCCCCACCACUCCAUCCGCUGCAUGGCUGUCGUGUGUGACCGCGUCUGGUGUGGCUACAAAAACAAGGUGCACGUCAUCCAGCCCAAGACGAUGCAGAUUGAGAAGUCAUUCGACGCCCACCCACGGCGGGAGAGCCAAGUGCGGCAGCUGGCGUGGAUCGGGGAUGGGGUGUGGGUGUCCAUCCGCUUGGAUUCUACGUUGAGGCUUUACCACGCCCACACCCACCAGCACCUGCAGGACGUGGACAUCGAGCCCUACGUCAGCAAGAUGCUGGGCACGGGCAAGCUGGGCUUCUCCUUCGUGCGGAUCACAGCCCUGCUCAUCGCGGGCAACCGCCUCUGGGUGGGCACCGGCAACGGAGUGGUCAUCUCCAUCCCGCUGACUGAGACCGUGGUCCUGCACCGAGGCCAGCUCCUGGGGCUCCGAGCUAACAAAACCUCCCCCACGUCUGGGGAGGGAGCCCGCCCUGGGGGUGUCAUCCACGUGUAUGGUGAUGACAGCAGUGACAAAUCAGCCAGCAGCUUCAUCCCCUACUGCUCCAUGGCCCAGGCCCAGCUCUGCUUCCAUGGGCACCGUGAUGCCGUCAAAUUCUUUGUGUCGGUGCCAGGGAACGUGUUGGCCACUCUCAACGGCAGCGUGCUCGACAGCCCCUCCGAGAGCCCCGGGCCUGCCGCCCCUGCCUCAGACGCCGAGGGCCAGAAGCUAAAGAACGUGCUGGUGCUGAGCGGUGGGGAGGGCUACAUCGACUUCCGCAUCGGGGACGGAGAGGAUGAUGACACUGAGGAGAACACCGGGGACGUGAGCCAGGUGAAGCCCCUGCUGUCCAAGGCAGAGCGCAGCCACAUCAUCGUGUGGCAGGUGUCCUACAGCCCCGAGUGAGGCUCCGGCCUCCCCCGCCCCGCCUGCCCGACGCCAACAUGUACAUACAGCCCCACCUGCCUGCCCACUGCCUGCCCCGCAGGCAGCCCGGCGCCCGCCCCUCUUAUAACCUCUCAACCUGCAGCUUUCACCUUAGGGCCGGGCCUCCCCAAAGGCGGACAGCAAUGCGGGUCUGGCUGGGAGGGAGGGACCCUCACCAGGAGGGGAAGAACCUCUCGAGACACGUGCCCCAGCAGCUUCUGGCUUGCCCCCGAUCCCAAGUUCUCCCAUCUGGGGGGUAUUUUGGGGCCAGAGCAAGGUAGGAGGUAGGUCGGGCCGGAAGAAGGCCCUGCAGGUGGCUCCCAGCUCCACCCUGGACCCCCCACUUCCCUCACUCCCAGGACCCCCCAGAGCAGGAAGUAGGGAUUUCAGCCAGCCAAGUCUUCCCAGCUGGAGCCCACUUGCCUUUGCCUGCUGCCUGAAGGGGUGGGCCUGACCCUAAGGGAGCCGGCCUGGCCACUGGCCUUCCCUGGGCCCCCCCUGCACCCACACCCUGAUGCCUGCCCCAGGAAUUGGCAUGGAAGCACGUAGCCAGGCUGCCUAAGGCAGCUGCUUGAGAAGCCAGAUGCCCUCUUGCUGCUCACUCCGUGUGGCCAGCUCUCCCCAGCUCUCCCUGGGCAGAAGACCCACCUGGUAGGAGCAGGCUCUGGAGUCCUCCCCCUCCCAGAAUCCCCUAGGGUGGAAUUUCUCAGGCUGCCAAGGCAGGCCCAGGCCUCAGGAAGAAGGGGAGGCCCCUGGCCUCUUCUGGGGUCAGUCCUAGGACGCAGGCUCAGCCUCAGGGUGACAGGGGGACACGUGGUUUGGGGCCUGCCUCCCACACAGUCUCCAAGGAGCCCAACUCCCAAGACACACUAUGAAGUGCCUAGGGCUGGCAGCAUGGCCUGCUCCCCUGAGGGCAACUGAAGACGAGCCUGCGAGGGCUCGCAGCAGAAGCUGCCUCCAGCCGGCUCUAGGCAUGGAUGCCUGCCGGCUUUGAGGGGUGCCGCCCUGGACUGCCACCUCCCUGACCUGCCCAGGUCCAGGCCUUACUCCUGCUCCAGAGGCCCUGCUGCCCACCCACCUCCCACCAGAGAAGCACAGAUCUCGGGCAGCCACCCCACGAGCCCAGCCGGCCACCGUUACGUGCAGCUGCAGGCUUCUCCCCACCACCCUGCCACUCUCCACUGUGAUGUACGUCCAGUCCCUUCUGUUCCCAUGGGGCCGUGAAGUGACUCGGGGGCUAGCCGGGUGGGUGCUGCUGGGGGAAGGGGCUGGGUGGUGAUUCUCCUGAGGCUUUGGCCCUGCAAGCGAACCCACGUAUCUGCUCUGUAUGUAAUAAAUGUCUUAACAUCGUAGCCCUGUGUCCCUGGGCCCAGACCAGC